GAGGGAGGUGGGUUGUGGGGAGCAACUCAGACUAGACUGUUACUGGAAUUAAGACUUAUUCUAUGCAUCUGCUCUCCCACAAUAUGGCACUGGGAGAGGAGGAAACAGCUUCUACACAGCUGCCUCCAGUUCAACCAAUAAACAGCAGGACCUGCUCCUGAUUGGAGGAGAGCAGCGUACUCGGCGUGUGGGUAGCAGAGUUGGGAUUGGUGGAAGAGGACUAUAAAGGAGGAGAGAGACAACAUGCACCAGGAACAUCUAUCUGAAGGAACACCUGAGCAGCCCCCGAGAGAGCCGGCCGGCGGUGUGCCACUCCCCCGCGGAAGUGGGGAAAGUGGCAGGGGGAACCGCCCUUCCACGGAGGUGGAAGGGAUGGUAGCCAACCCGGGAAGAACCAGCAGCAAACCCGGGGAGGGCCGAGCAGGCAAAAGAACAGCGCAGGGUCCUGUGUCGUUCCUCCAUGAAGAGGGGGAGCGACAUAAUGGUGCCGUGACUCGGAUGGGAAGCCUAGGCAGGGUUUAGUGUCGUUCCUCCGCGAAGAGGGGGAGCGACAGUGGGUGCUGACACAGGUGUGUGUGGGAGGUGAGCACUGACACAGGUGUGUGUGGGAGGUGGCACUGACACAGGUGUGUGAGGGAGGUGAGCACUGACACAGGUGUGUGUGGGAGGUGAGCACUGACCCAGGUGUGUGUGGGAGGUGAGCAGUGACGCAGGUGAGUGUGGGAGGUGAGCAGGUGUGUGUCGGAUGUGGGGACUGAUGCAGGUGUGUGUUGGCCAUUUUUCCUGCCCCUCUAAGUGGUUUGUUUUCCAGUUCAGUUUUCUUUUAUUUGAAAACUGUACUGAGCUCUCGGAGUUCUUUUUGUCUAGAAGCCCGUGGGGAAGUGGAGUCCAGUGUUCCGGUUGAGGAGCAUCCCACUGGGUCAGGCCGGGCGGCACCGAGUGGGUGGAGUACCAGUCCCCCUGGCUGUGAAUGGGGCCGGUCCCCCCGGGUGCUGACCUGGAAUCUGUGGCAGCAGAGUGGUGCGGUCCAGCCCAGGGCCACACAGUCCCGGGGCCCAUGGCAGGCUCUGCAGCCUGUUGGGCUGGGGGGACCCCACACCGCGCCUGCUCAGGGACCACUGCUGAGACGUCUCUGGGCUUCGGUCUUCACUGUGGAGUGGCAGGGAUGACGGCAGGGUGUCAGGGUUCCGUGAUUGGGAGCAGCUGCUCACACGUGCUAAAUGCUGGCAGUCCUGGCGCUGUUGGAAGUUGGCGUAGAGCCCGGAUCCCUGCGUGUUUCUCACCUGGCACUCUGGGGUCAGUGGAAGAGUCAGGACUGUUGAGGUCCUCCGAUGGUGCAGUCUGAAUCCUGUGGUCACUUGCUAAAUUGUGCAGCUUUGCCACCUGCAUGCCACUUGGCUACUGCAAGUUGGUUUGCUGGUACCAGGUUGUUCCCCUGAAAUACAGCAACGGUCAGCAGACUUAGCUCGGUUGUUUUCAAAGAAAUCCUUUUAAAGAGUUUAGCGUGGGAGCAGGUGCUGGGGUACAGGGUGCCUGGGGUGAGCCCCUGCUCCUGUGUUUCACACGCAGCUUCCUGCUGAUGUGUACCUGGGAAGCGGCAGGGGAGGGCUCAAGUGCCUGGGACAGGGGAGACCAGGAUGGAGUCGCUGGCUCCUGGCUCUGUGUUGUCCCAGCCCCUGCUGUUCCUGGCAUUUGGGGAAUGACCCCAUAGAUGGGAGAUCUCUCUCUGUCUCUGAGCGAUUUUACCUUCCAAAUAAAUAAAAUAAAGUAAAUCUUAGAAAAAAAGGUAAGCUGCUUAGCCCAGGUGCUGGCACGCAGAAGCAGCUGAAUGAGGAGAACACAGUGGCUGAGCAGUGGGCACGGGGGCUUUGCCCCCAGGGGUGUGGACUGUCCGUUCUCAUCUCUGACUGGUUAGGACAUGUGUAUGUGUGAGGGGCUGUUGGGUCUGUAUGACCUGAGUGUGUGUGUGUGUGUGUGUGUGUGUGUGUCUGUGUUUGUCACGUGUUUUCCUUUGGGCUUCUGGUGGACAGUGUCUCGUUACUGAUCUGCUUCCACGUGCACGGGUUAACUGUGGUCACCUGGAGCUGUGUCCUCUUCCUUGGGAACGGGCAGCCUCCUGCUGCGGCUGUUGCCAUGGCAUGCCAGCGUUUCACCUGUGUGGGUCUGACUGUUGGUACCCCCUGGUAAACUUGUGAUGUGUGCCUGAUGUUCGCUGAACCCUUCCAGAAUCGUGAUAGCAUGUCAGUGUUGUCUCCACAAUUGGAUGCAUGAGUGAGACUGUGCUGUGUCUCUGCUCUUGCUUAACAGAGAAUCUCUUAACACUGACCCACUUUGGUAUUUUAUUUUAUUCUUCAGUAAUAUUCAAUAAUAUUGGUUUUUAUUUUAUUUAUUUGGAAGGCAGAGAGAGAAAGAGAUCUUCUGUCCACUGGUUCACUCCCUAAGUGGCUGCAACGACUUGGGCUUGGCCAGGCUGAUGCCAGGAGCCGUAACUCCCAAGUGGUUGGCAGGGGCCAGGCACUUGGGCCAUCUUCUGCUGCCUUUUGGGGCCGCAUAGGAAGCAGAGCAGCCAGGACUUGAACUGGUGCCUGAUAAGGAAUGCCAGCAUCAUAAGCAACUGCCUGACCUGCUGUGGUACCAUGGUGGCUCUAGUAUUCUAUUUUGAAUAUUUUUUUUAAGGAUUCAUUCAUUUAUUUGAAAGGCAGUGUUAGAGGAAGAGACACACAGAGAGAGAGAGAUCUUCCAACUGCUGGUUCGCUCCCCAAGCAGCCCCAGCAGCCAGGACUGAGCCAGGGUGAAGCCAGGAGCCGGGAGCUGCAUCUGGGUCUUCCCUGUGGGUGUCAGGGCCACAGGCACACCAGCCGUCUUCCACUCCUUUUCCAAGGCUGCUAGCAGAGAGCUGGAUUGGAAGUGGAGCAGCCGGGACACGAAGUGGCGCCCACGUGGGAUGCCAGUGUUGCAGGCAGCGGCUUUACCCAUCACGCUACAUUGCUGGGCCUGUAUUUUGAGUUUGUGAGGCCUUGAGUUUUACUGGCUGAUCAACAUUUGAUGAUUACUUCUGGCCGUUGAACUCUGCACAGUGAUCUUACACCAGGAGGUGGUGCUGUAGGAUUAUCAUCUGAGAAUCAGCUGUUUCGUGCUGCACAGAACUGUAGGCGUCAUUCGGUACAACACCCUUUGGUGUUUUCUGUUUUUUGAAAUUUACAGUGUAGUCAUGUAGUUCAAAUCCAUUAUUCCUUUUUUACUUCCGUCCUGCUCAAGUAAUACCGCUCUUGGAUAUUUCAGGCAUCCCUCCCCUCCCCUGUUCUGUCUGUGGCGUGUCCUAAGCCAGUUGGCAAGUCUGAAUUUUCCAGCCACCUUCCUUGGCAUGCAUGCAUGACUCGAGGGAAAGAGUGCUGCGCGGGCUGGCCGCACGCUGGCUCCGCACCCCCAGCCCUGUUCUGGUCCCCGGGGACCAGCAGCGUCCUGUUCUCCCCAUUCUCAGAUACCAUCGUUAACGAUUGCUGGGAUGAUGUUGAAACACAUCCUGGUUUUUAGUUUAUUUUCUCGUGAAUCUUUGUUUUGACUGUUUUCCUGUCCGUAUCCAUAGCAGUCAUUGCCUUGGUUUUUCUGCCAAUUCAGCAGCUUCUGGGGGAAGAUCAGAACUUUAGAUCUUUAGCUGUGAAGCCGAGUUACUUGUAAUCACUCUCCCAGCUGCUUCCAGUGGAUCCCUCUUUGCUGCCCGGUGGUUCUUUUUUGCCCACUGGUUUUUACCACCAGAGAAGCCCCCAAGAUUUCCCAUGUAGGAGAAAGGCCACCGUGUUCUGAAUUUGCUUUACUGUGUGUGCUGCUUGUUUCGCACUGUUCAUGGCUGUUCAGUUCCAACCUGCUGUACUGUGGUUACAUUUAUUAACAGGUUAACAUAGGGUUGACAUUUGGUGGUUAAGAUGCCUGUUGGGACACCUGCACCCCCUAGUGGAGUGCUUGGGCUCCGGCUCUUGCUCCUGGCUCUGCUUCUGGUCUGGCUUCCAGCUACUGCACACCUGGGAAACGAGAGGUAGUGGCUCAAGUGUCAGGGUUUCUGCCACCCACGUGGGAGACCCAGAUUGAGUUCCUAGCUCUUGGCUUUGGGAUAUGAACUUGCAGAUGGAAGAUUUUUCUAUGUUUAUUGUGGUCACCUGUCUCACUGCCUUUCAAAUACAUAAAAAUUUAAAAAUCACUAAAGUAUUUCUUAAUCUUUUUCAAAGAAUGUGUAUUAGGCAGUCAUGGAAAUUCUUCCUUGUAGGUUUUCUGUGCCCAUCUCGUGCCCUGCUGUCACUGUGCGAGCAUUUGUGCCCGUCGCCUGUGCUGCGACUGUCGCUGUGUGAGCAUUUGUGCUGAUUUCCUGUUCCCAUCUCAUGUGCUGCCGGCUGUCACUUUGUGAAUGUUUGUGACUGUCACUGUGUGGGUGUCUAUGAUGGCUUCCUGUGCUUGUCUUGUGUCCUGCCGGCUGUCAAUGUGUAAGCGUUCUACCUGUUUUGUACCCGUCUCAUGUCCUGCAGGCUGUCACUGUGUCAGCAUUUCUGCCUGUUGUUCUGCCCAUCUCAUAUCCUGCAGGCUGUCACUGUGUCAGCGUUUCUGCCUGUUCCUCUGCCCGUCUCAUGUCCUGCAGGCUGUCACUGUGUCAGCGUUUCUGCCUGUUCCUCUGCCCGUCUCAUGUCCUGCAGGCUGUCACUGUGUCAGCGUUUCUGCCUGUUGUUCUGCCCAUCUCAUAUCCUGCAGGCUGUCACUGUGUCAGCGUUUCUGCCUGUUCCUCUGCCCGUCUCGUGUCCUGCCGCUGUCACUGUGUCAGCGUUUCUGCCUGUUCCUCUGCCCGUCUCGUGUCCUGCCACUGUCACUGUGUCAGCGUUUCUGCCUGUUCCUGCGCCCAUCUCGUGUCCUGCAGGCUGUCACUGUGUCAGCAUUUCUGCCUGUUCCUCUGCCCGUCUCAUGUCCUGCAGGCUGUCACUAUGUUAGUGUUUCUGCCUGUUCCUCUGCCCGUCUCGUGUCCUGCCACUGUCACUAUGUUAGUGUUUCUGCCUGUUUCUCUGCCCAUCUCGUGUCCUGCCGCUGUCACUGUGUCAGCGUUUCUGCCUGUUCCUCUGCCCGUCUCGUGUCCUGCAGGCUGUCACUGUGUCAGCAUUUCUGCCUGUUCCUCUGCCCGUCUCAUGUCCUGCAGGCUGUCACUGUGUCAGCGUUUCUGCCUGUUCCUGCGCCUGUCUCAUGUCCUGCCGCUGUCACUGUGUCAGCGUUUCUGCCUGUUCCUCUGCCCGUCUCAUGUCCUGCAGGCUGUCACUGUGUCAGUGUUUCUGCCUGUUCCCGCGCCUGUCUGCGGAGGGCACGUGUGUAUUCUGUGCAGUACUGUGCUGAGAGCAUGCUCACGAUGUCUGCCAUGAAGUAGCCCUUCAGCAGAUAAUGGGCAGCCAAGGACAGUCUCGUGAGCGCUUUAGGAGCUGGGCCACAAGUGAACUGUUGGAAGCACUUCAGAGCGAUCCCUUGGAUGAGGGAAGAUGUGGGUGAGAAGGACCUUUGUGAGAUGAGGGAGAAAGCCAUGAAUGUGGUACUGGAAGGGUAGGGCUUUAGAGUGGGUAACUCACCCGUGGGAGCUGCUGGGUCCCCGGCUUCUGGUGUCAAGGAACACUGUGAAUUUUGUACCCACUCAUGGGACACUUGACUUGUCCCUUGUUGUGCUCAUUAUAAACACUGCAGGAGAGCUUACAAGAAUGCUUGUCCAACUGUAUGAGGAACAGUGAGUGUCUUUAAAUUUCCUGUAUGUCCUGAGCCCAUGCUUGCGUAAAGUAGAAUAUGAAUAGACGACCAGGCAUAAAGUGAUUUGUGAACAGCUGUAGAAGUGUCCCAGUCUCUUAACUUCCGCCCUCUGUCCCAGUGCGGACACGUGAAAUUGACCCGCUGAAGCGCCCGGAGCCACUCCCCGGGGAGCACGUGCAGUGCUCUGGGUGCUGCAGGAGACUCGGGUCCCACCCAGCUCCAGUGCCGCGAAGCCCCUCUCAGCCCUAUUGCUUGCUUCCAGGGCUUUCGGCUUUGUGUUUUUAAACAGCGAGCUGCAGGAUGAGCUGGCUUUUAAAUCCAGUUUUGAAUGGCACUCAGAGUUUCAGAUUGAAUUCUGGAUUCUGAAUUAGGGACGCUCAGUUGGGUGAUCCAUGCAAAGACCCCCAAAUCGAGGAAACCCUUACUUGCAAUGUGUCUGGUCCCAGACCUUUGGGGAAGGAGACGCUCAGCCUGUGUGACCACCUCCAGGCCAAAAGGCACUGGCUGAGGUUCGGUGUUUCUGAUUGUGGAAAAGACAAAAUAUAAAUUGAUGGCUGAUAAUUUAGUGCAUUUGUCUCAGUUCAGACAGCAGUUCUGUGUUUAAUGAGGGAGAACAGUGGAAGCUUUUCAUUUAAAAUCAGGACGGAGGUAACUGUUGCCAUAACUGCUGAAUGAUAUUGUGUUAGUAGCUUUCAGCAUGGAGGAAUAACAAGCCCCCGUGUUAGACAAGUGAAAGAAAUAGCAGGUGUAAAAAUUAGAGUAGGGGCCAGCACUGCGGUACAGUGGGUUAAAGCCCUGGCCGGCAGUGUCAGCAUCCCGUAUGGGCACCGGCUCGAGCCCUGUUACAGAGGGAGUCUGCAUUUCUCUGUGGGCUUUGUAGUGGCUGCUCAGGGAAGGACGGGCAAGGGUGGUCCUGCAAGCGUCUUCAACCUGAAAGCUCGAGAAUCUUUUUGGUGUUUUU